UUUCGUUUCACCGACUCCACUACUGCCAAUUAUGAGUGUUACGGUGAAGAUUUCAGCUGAAAGAACCCAGGCCGAUUUGUAUAGCCUCGCUUUGGUAAAGAUCUGCACCAGGUGUUUGUUCGACUGUUGUCAUGGUUACCGAUAGAUUUCAAAUACAGGAAGAGCCCUGCACUUACUGUGAGUGAAGGUGGAUUAUCAACAAGAAAGUCAAGAACAACAGCCUCAGAAUGCCUAACAACAAAGUCACACCAGUCGAAGACGAUAGCAGUCACGACAGCAGUCAAGAAAGCAGUGACGAAUGGACAGAUUCGGACGCCAACUCGGAAUGCACAAACCGGACUGCCAGCAUUGCCGACGACAGCUUAUUCACCCAUGACAAGAUAGUCAAGAUCAUCCGCGAAAAAUUUUGUAAUGUAGACCCCGUGUCGAGCAUUGGGAGGAAGCUGCAGAUAGCUAAGGUUGUUUCUGUUCCUCUGUUGCCAAUGGUUGUCCUUGUCAUACAGACUGCGAUUACGAUCUACGGAGUCGUGUUUGCCAAGGAGGAGUUGGGCUUGGCCGUACAUCAGCUGAACGAGGCGGACAUCUAUAACCGGUUGACUUCGAGCUUUGCGCGGGAGCGUAUGGAUAAUCUUUUAUAUCUAACGACGAAUAAAGUGAACAGGGCGCAGUUGACAGAAAACUUCAUCCAAACGGAUAAAGAUUUGGCCCGAGCGAACCAACCAUGGGAGCCGGUCACAUACGGUAACAAAACGUACACGGACAAGGAACAUUUUCAUGUUUAUCUUUGGACGUAUCGCGCCGAUACGUGGUUACGGAGGUAUGGGGAUCAUGUACUGACAAUUAUCAAUUUCUAUCACGCGGCUGGUGCGAGUUUUAGUAAAACGGUUAUACGGCUUUCUCUUGAGAAUCACCACGAAAAUAUUUGGCGGAAAUUAGUUUCUAGGAGUUAUAUUUUGCGCGCGAUUGAGGAUGUCAGCAUGAUGCAGACCUUGGGGCGGGAUAUUUUGUUACAUGCAAGGUUUCAUUUUGAGGAGUACAUUGAGUAUAUAGAGUACGAAGAGUUAUGGCGUGUGCACGUCACCUUGUCCAGGCGAUACUCCGACGAGUUCAACAAGCUUUACAAUAAAGGGUUCCUGAAGAACACUAGCGGAAUCGCGGACAGAGUGGACGAAAUAAGCGAGCAGAUUUUAUUGAAAAACACGUCAUUUUCCGGCCAAGGUAUCGCCGAGGAAUGGGAAGUAAUCACAAGGUAUAUUGGAGAUACUUUAGUUUCUAUUGCAGACAUCAUAAAGAAUGAAACAUUGUCAGCGGUCGCGAGUGAGCUGAAAAACUCCGAUACUGAAGUCGUCGCUUUAGGUUGCGUUUUGGCGUUCGUGGUUAUUCUCUUGCCGAUCGUGACUCUGAUUGCCUACAGCAUGGUUGCGACGAUCACUGAGUUCUCCAUGGAUCUCAUUCACCAUAGCGAAGAGUUGCUAGAGGAGAAGAGGCAGACGGAAGCCAUCUUACACCGGAUGUUACCCGAGACGAUUGCUAAGCAAUUAAAGAAACGGAAAACCGUGGAUGCUGAAGUGUUCGAAGGUGUGACCAUCUUUUUCAGCGACGUGGUCGGAUUCACUGCGAUCUCUUCGCAAAGUACACCCAUGCAAGUGGUAGACUUUUUAAACAAGCUCUAUCAGUUUUUCGACAAUGUUUUAGAGCGAUAUGAUGUUUAUAAAGUAGAAACAAUAGGCGACGCGUAUAUGGUGGCCAGUGGUGUCCCGCGAAGAAAUGGUGAUCGGCAUGCGAAUGAAAUAGCUUCCAUCUCUCUGGAUCUGAGGGACGGCAUAGAAAGAAUGCAAAUACCGCACAUGGUCACGCAUAAGUUACAGUUGAGGAUAGGACUACAUUCUGGACCUUGUGUAGCUGGGGUUGUUGGCAACAAGAUGCCACGGUACUGUCUGUUCGGCCAUACCGUCCAAAUUGCUUCCAAGAUGGAGUCGACAGGCGUAGCUCAGAAAAUUCAAAUCACCUUAGCGUGUAAAGAAAGGCUCGACAAGUUGGCUGGUCACGUGUAUAUCACAGAAAGGCGUGACGUCAUUCAAUUGGAGGGGAUUGGAGAGGUGGAGCGGUACUUCCUAAUCGGUCGCCGAGACACGAUGGAAGCCAUGGAUAACCGGCAACAACAACCAAAAGAAUCAAAAACUAACCAGAAGGACAAACAGUCAUCGGACGGUGUAGGGACUUGACACGAGCACGCUGGGCCCAGCACUCCGGGCCCUUCACGCAGGACCUGGUUCCGAGCCAUUUCACGCACAAAAUUGCUCAACGACGCAACCCGGCGGUGGCGCUUCAUACGCGUGCGGGCGACAGUCGCCAGCGCGGGUAGGCGCUUUUUCUCCAUGAUCCGGAGACUAUCUAGUUUUCACUUACCGACGUUAUUCUCCCCUGUUCGGGCGUCUCAAGCAUCACAAGUUGGAGAGAGUCUACCGCCUUCGCCAGAUGGCGAAAUCUCAACACUCAGUUAAUUUGUCUUAAUUCUACUAGUACCUACUCUUCUGGCAGACCGGGAGGUUUGCAGCCUAACUUCUGGUGUUGCCGGCAGCGUCAUGAUAUUUAAACAACUUAAAAAAUCAAGAAAUAACAUGUUUGAAUCUUCCAUGUAUCUUUUUAUUCAACAGAAACAACAAAGCACACAGAAUAUUCAUG